AUGGAAAACUUUCCGUAUAUGAUCUUAUGGGGCGCCUUUUUAACUAUUGGACAUUUCCAUUUUGGAUUUCUGGUAAACUCUUUGAAUGUCUUGUGGAGUUUUACACCCUGUAUUUAUGGAUUUCCAGAAGAAGAUACUAGACUAAUCGAUGCUAUUGCAUUUGUAAUAUUCCCAGCAACAGCUGUGAUUGGAGGAGCAAUAUCUUGGAAAUUAUCUAGAUACGGUAAAAGAAAAGCCCUCAUUGUUUCAAGUCUGAUUUCACUCAUUGGCAGUGGAUUGACUUUCAUUCAGUCACAUUAUUUUAUGAUUGUUGGCAGGGCGGUGCUUGGUAUCGGAUUUGGAGUAACGAAUGCAGUAUCACCUUUGUUUUUGUAUGAAAUCUCAAGAAAAUAAAAAUGAGAAGUCAAAUCUACCAAAGCUAGAGCACCUGAUCGUUUCCAUCCAGUUUUGGAUCAUCUUAGGCUAUGCUAUCCCUUCCAUACUUGAAUUAUAUAUUAGAGACCAGAUUACCGAUGCUACACAUAUGUCAGUCUCUGGGCAAUUUCAGGAUUAUGAAUUUAGCAGGAAUUCAUUUUGUGAGGCCAUAGAAGGGACCCAUAUUAUCUGGAGAGAAAUGUAUGCUGUGGCGGCUAUAGUCACAGUCAUAAAGUUGUUAGCUUUACUACUAAUUUUCCGUAAAGAGAAUCCUAACUAUGUCCAGCAUUGUGAACAAAAGAGUCUAUCAUUAAGUUCAAAAGAGGCUGAACCUAAAUUUAUGAGCUCUGGUAUCAACAACUCAGUUGAGUCUCAGCAAUCUACACAAUGAGAAGAGAGUUUACUUGAGCAGGAUACCUGGAGCAGGCUUUGAACUGUAAGGGAAAGACGUAAACUUCUUGCCUGCUUUGUUAUGAGAGGAUUCAACCAGCUUACAGGACUUGAUAUUGUAAUAAAUUACGGAAACCACUUUAUCUUCAGCUUGAGUGCUCCCAGUCUAAGCCUUGGCUUUUUCUUGGUAACUAUUGGAAUCUUUUUCCCGCUCAUAGCAAUGUUCUUCUUACUAAAAUUCGGCAGAAAGACUUUGUUCAUGAUCGCAAUGAUCUUAAUGUGCUUCAACUGCUGUAUCUUAUUCCAGUUGGCUGAAAAGUUGACGAUCUGGCAAGCUCAGGUCCCGAUAUUUGAAUCUUUUCCAAACUUUGGGUCAUCCAUUUUCAUCGUGAUGUAUAUGCUGACUUCAUAUAUGACUUUACUUUCAACACCAAUGCUUUAUUCUUGAGAAACGCUGAGUGAUAAAGGCAUGGCAGUGAUUACGAUGAUACAUUGGUCCAUCAUCACAGUGAUAUCUCUCAUUCCCUCAAUCGCUAUGAUCGUAGUUGAAAGACUUGGCAAUAGGGUCCAGUUCAGGAUGGGAAAUGCCAUCUACUUCUUUAUAUUCAGUGGCACAGCCAUUCUUGGCUUCUUCUUUACCUACAUGUUCGUGAAGGAAACAAAAGACAAGACCAAGGAGGAAAUCGAUCAGGAAUUUGACACCCCCCUGUUUGAAUUAGACAGUGAGAAAUUGUACCGCUCUGUUCGAGAUAUUGAGAGGAGGAAGAGCAGUCUUGAGUGGAAGCUCAGCCUCUGACGAGAGGCUAAAAACACUGGGAUAAAUGGGUAAUUUUCCUGUAUCGAUGUCCUACGGUUAUA